GGCUGGAUCAGGAUGAGGGUUUAAGGAGUCACAUGGACUCAACUUUCUACUAACUGGGGUCCGGUUGUUGUGCACUGCUCAGUCACACAGAGUGUGAGAAGAGGUCUCGUCUCGCAACUUUCUUUUCUUCUUAUGUCUAAUUUUCAAACAGUUUUUUAUUUUUCCUGCGCGUCUCGGCAUUUUUCUGACUUUUCUCGGACUUGAAGUACAAACACCGGUUGCGCGUUGAGUUGUUUUUUUGUUUUGUUUUGUUUUUGUUUUUGUUUUUUUCAACAAUGCUGCAAACUCAACGCUUCGGCCACUGAAGCCCAUCUCGGUGAUGUGAGACUACUCCAAACCUUUGGAAGGGAAUAAGUUUUGCGCUUGUACACUCACGAUGACUGAGGAGAGCAGAAGUGAGCACAGAGCCGAAAGCGGGAAGGACCUGGAGAAGCAGCUCCGGUUACGAGUGUGCGUCCUAAACGAGCUUUUAAAGACUGAACGGGAUUAUGUCGGGACGCUAGAGUUCCUCUCGGUGUUCCUACAUCGUCUCAACCAGUACGCAGCCACCAAAAUGGACAAGAACAUCACGGAGGAAACGGUUAAGGUUUUAUUCUCCAACAUUGAGGAGAUCUUGGCCGUGCACAAAGACUUCCUGACCAUGGUGGAGGAGCUGCUGCAGCCUGACCCCCACGCUCACCAUGAAAUCGGCCGCUGCUUCUUGCACUUUAGGAGCCGUUUUCAGAUUUAUGAUGAAUACUGCGGGAAUCACGAGAAGGCCCAGAGGCUGCUGCUGGAGCUCAACAAGAUCAGGAGCGUCAGGACGUGUUUACUGAACUGCAUGUUGCUGGGAGGCAGAAAGAACACAGAAGUCCCACUGGAGGGUUAUCUGGUGGCUCCUAUUCAGAGAAUCUGCAAGUACCCGUUGCUGCUCAGAGAGCUGCUGAAGAGGACCCCUAAGAAGCACAACGACUACGUGCUGGUGCAGGAGUCUCUGCAGGUGAUGAAGGCUGUGUGCUCCAGCAUCAACGAAGCCAAGAGACAGAUGGAGAAGCUGGAGAUCUUAGAGGAGUGGCAGUCCCACAUCGAGGGCUGGGAGGGCUCCAAUAUCACGGAUACGUGCACAGAGAUGCUAAUGCAGGGCGUGCUGCUGAAGAUCUCGGCUGGGAACAUACAAGAGAGGAUUUUCUUCUUGUUUGACAAGCUUCUGGUCUAUUGCAAGAAGAAAAAUAGGCGUUUAAAAAACAGCAAAACGUCCACCGAGGGUCCUCGCUACCUGUUCAGAGGAAGAAUCAACACCGAGGUGAUGGAGGUGGAAAACGUGGACGACGGAACAGCCGACUACCACAGCAGCGGGAACAUAGUGAACAACGGCUGGAAGAUCCACAACACGGCCAAGAACAAGUGGUUCGUCUGCAUGGCCAAAACGCCAGAGGAGAAGCAGGAGUGGCUGGAGGCCAUCAUGAAAGAGAGGGAGCGGAGGAAAAGCCUGACGCUCGGCAUGGAGCAGGAUACGUGGGUGAUGGUGUCAGAGAAGGGUGAGAAGCUCUACCACCUCAUGACCAAGGGUAACCUCAUUAAGGACCGGAAACGCAAGCUCACCACCUUCCCCAAGUGCUUCCUGGGAAGCGAGUUUGUGUCCUGGCUGAUGGAAAUUGGCGAGACGGACAACCCGGAGGAAGGCGUUCACCUGGGUCAGGCGCUGCUGGAGAAUGGCAUCAUCCACCAUGUCACAGACAAGCACCAGUUCAAACCUGAGCCUGUUCUGUACCGCUUCCGCUACGAUGACGGCACCUACCACCCCAGAAGUGACAUGCACGACGUGAUAUCCAAGGGCGUUCGUCUGUUCUGCCGUCUUCACAGCCUCUUCACUCCUGUCAUCAGGGAUAAGGACUAUCACCUGCGGACCUACAAAUCAGUGGUCAUGGCUAACAAGCUGAUAGACUGGCUUAUAGCACAGGGGGAUUGCAGGACGAGAGAGGAGGCGCUGAUCUUGGGGGUGGAGCUGUGCGACAAUGGCUUCAUGCAUCACGUUUUGGAGAAGAGUGAAUUCAAGGACGAGCCUCUGCUGUUUCGUUUCUUCGCCGACGAGGAGAUGGAAGGUUCCAACACCAAACACAAACCAAUGAAGCACGACCUGAAAAUAGUGGAAAAUGUCAUCUCCAAAUCUCUCCUGAUAAGACCCAGCGAUGGAGGCUACGGCUUUACCCUGGAAGAAAGAAACCGAGUCCCAAUCAUCAAAUCCGUGGAGAAGGGCUCCCCAGCUGAGAUGGCUGGCCUUGAAGUGGGGAAGAAGCUGUUCGCCAUAAAUGGAGACCUGGUUUUCCUCAGGCCUUUCUCUGAAGUGGAAGCUCUGCUCAGGCAGUGUUUCAGCAGCAAGGGACCCCUCCGGGUGCUAGUCAGCACCAAGCCAAGGGAGACGGUGAAGAUCCCAGAUUCGGCUGACGGGUUGGGCUUCCAGAUCCGCGGAUUUGGCCCUUCUGUGGUCCACGCUGUUGGGAGAGGCACGGUGGCGGCCGUCGCGGGUCUCCACCCGGGCCAGUGCAUUAUCAAGGUGAACGGCAUCAACGUGAGCAAGGAGAGCCACGCCAGCGUCAUCGCUCAUGUCACCGCGUGCAGGAAAUACCGGCGACCCACUCAGCAAGACACCAUUAAGUGGGUGUACAACAGCAGCGAGAGCGCCCAGGAGGACAACCAGAAAACUCCCCAGAAACCCACCAGCGAGGAGAACGGAGAUGGCUUCGAGUGCAAAGUAGAAGAGGUGAUGGACAAAUUCAACACCAUAGCCAUCAUCGACGGGAAGAAGGACCACGUGAGUCUGACGGUAGACAACGUUCACCUGGAGUACGGAGUGGUGUACGAGUAUGACAGCACGGCCGGGAUCAAGUGCCACGUGCUGGAGAAGAUGGUCGAACCCAAGGGAUUCUUCAGCCUCACUGCUAAGAUCCUGGAGGUGCUCGCGCUUAAUGAUGACAUGCUGGUGCAGAUGUGCGCCAGGUUGAGUUCCAGCUGUGACGUGAUCCCCGAGGAGCUGCAGGCACGCUUCAGUGCCAUGUACGGCGAGAGGGUGGAGCACAUCAACCGGCGCAUAACCAACUACAGGAAGUUUUCCCGGGUACUAAAGAACAGAGCGUGGCCCACCUUCAAGCAGGCCAAGGCCAAGGUGUCCCCUCUUCACAGCAGCGACUUCUGCCCCACGAACUGCCACAUCAACGUGAUGGAGGUGUCCUACCCCAAGACCACGACGUCCCUGGGAAGCGCCUUCGGCGUGCAGCUGGACAACAGGAAGAACACUCUGGAGAAGGGAGGACGCAGCUGCGCCGAGCAGGGUAAGCUGAGCCCCAUGGUGAAUGUACAACACACCAUCACAACUAUGGCUGCGCCGUCGGGACACAGCCUGGGCCGGACGGAGGGCCACGGGCUUCGUUUCCUGCUCAGAGAAGAAGACCUGCUCACGCUGGACGCGUAUCAGAAACUCCUCUACAAACUCACGGCUGUUGUCAAGGAGAUGGAAACACAUGGCGCCCACAUAGACGACCUCCUGUCCUCCAUCACUCAUCCUCCUCCAGCAUCAGAGGUGAGGAGCCCCGAGAGUUACAUUUCUGCAGAGAGCGAGGGGGAUAAAGGUGAAAGGAACGGGAAGAAAGUCUGCUUUAACAUGGCGGGGGAUGAGCAAGAGGACUCUGGACAUGACACAAUAAGCAACAGGGACUCGUACAGUGACUGUAACAGCAACAGAAACUCCAUUGCCUCCUUCACCAGCAUCUGCAGCAGUCACUGCAGCUCCUACGUUCACAGCGACGAGAUGGACUCAGGAGAUGAGAUGCCCUCUAGUGUGUGGCUGUCCCACGAUAAGCAGAAGAAGCUUCACAGCUUUCUGGAGCAUCUAUUCAGCCAGGUGGACUCCAUCACCAGCGUGCUGAGAGGAGCGGUGGUGGCUCGGGCUUUCGAGCAGACCAAGUGCUUCACACCCGGAAGAGGAUUACAAGAGUUUCAGCAGGAAAUGGAGCCUAGGGUGAACUGCACCAAGAAGCUGCGCCUCCAUGUGAAGCAGGAUCCCUGGAACCUUCCCAGCAGCGUUCAGGCGCUCACACAAACUAUCGCUAAAUAUGUCGAAGAGGUGAAGACACGGCUGCUCUUGGUGUUACUGCAGUACACAGACUCGGAGAUCCAGUUACGUCGCGACAUGGUGUUUUGUCAGUCUCUUGUUGCGGCUGUGUGCGCCUUCUCAGAGCAUCUGCUGGCUGUGCUCAACCAGUUCCACAACGUAGGCAGAGAGCAGGACCAGGACAUCCCGGACCCCCAGGACCUGCAGGAGGCCCAGGAAGCCAGCCGUCGUUGGCUGGAGCAGAUCAGCAGCGCUGGGCUUCUCUUCCACUUCCAGUCCCUUCUUUCCCCCAAUCUGACUGACGAGCAGGCCAUGUUGGAGGACACUCAGGUGGCUCUAACAGAUCUGGAGAAGGUCACCUUCCACUUCCAGGAAUUUGAAGGCGAGCCGCUGGUUGCCAACAUGCCGAUUUCCUACCAGGUGGAGGGCACUCGACAGGCCUUGAAAGUUUGCUUCUACCUUGAGAGUUUCUAUUUCUCACAGCUGCCUUACAGGCUGAAAAACGGAGGAGGCAUCAAAAUCUACCCGGUGCUCUUUACACAAGCUCUGGAGAGUAUGGAGGGAUACUACUACAGAGACAACGUGUCAGUGGAGGAAUACCAGGCCCAAAUCAAUGCCGCCUCAUUGGAUAAGGUCAAACAGUACUACAAGAGGCUGAGGGCUUUCUACCUGGAUCAGUCCAACAUGCCGCCCAGCUCUGCACCCAAAGCUGCCCUCAUAGAUAAGUUAAUGCGUCCCCUCAACGCUCUGGAGGAGCUCUACCGCCUGAUGGAAAGUUUCAUCAGCUGCCGCCGCACCGCCGCCUGCCAGUACACCGCCUGCGGGGCUUCUGGAGUGGGUCUGCUCACCGUGGCCUCCGAGCUCUGCUCGCGUCUCGGGGCCACGCACAUCGUCAUGUGCAACAGCGGCGUUCACCGCUGCACCCUGAGCGUGACACUGGAGCAGGCUAUCCUGUUGGCCCGAAACCACGGCCUCCCCCCUCGCUGCAUCAUGCAGGCCACUGAUGUCAUGAGGAAACAGGGGGCAAGAGUUCAGAAUUCUGCUAAGAAUCUGGGAGUGAGGGAUCGCACGCCGUCAUCAGUACCAAGGUUGUACAAGCUGUGCCAACCUCCACCCCCAGAUGGUGAUCCAUAAUGCAUUGCAUCCAGGAAGAUGCAGAAGAAAGUCCUGAGAGGAGCUUUGAGUCCCAAUCAUCAAAGUUUUCCCUCCACCGAUAGAUUAACCUUAUGAGAGAGAAUUAUUGGGUCCAUUUUAUACAGUAUAUGUCCAGACUUGCCGCCUGAAGUGUAAAUAGAAGAAUUGAACCGUAAAUAGUAUUUUAAUACGUUAAGAUUUUCACUGUUGUAUUUUAUACAUAUUUGAUUUUUUUUUUCUAUUAUAUCAUGCAUCUGACAAGACGAAGUUAAAGAAAAAAAAAAACAUCAGCACAAUGGAGUUAAAUGGAGUGGAUCCCAUCAGUUUGCUGUCUUCUCAUUAUGGGCUCAAAACCAUGUUUGUUUGUUUUUUAUGAGGGACAUUUGCAUUUCACCUCAUUAGUUUAAUUUGCAUAUGAAAAUUAAAAAACAACAACAAAAAAAACAACAACAGUAAGAUGAUAUCGAUCGGAAGGAUGAUGGAUUUAAUUUGGCUUUGCAUUUGUUCAAAUUAGCCAGUGAUUUGUCUGCGUCUGUUCAGCUCUGACUUGGGUGCGUUAUCACUUCUGUCAGUGGUGUUUAAUCAACUCACGUUAAUUGACACGGUGUUCAUCCACUUGUAAAUACACAUAUUAUUAAGCAGAAAUGUACUGAUAGAGGCAUGAUAUUGUUUCCCCACUGUGUCUGGAUUUAUCCCGUGCAUGCAAAUGAAGGUGUUCAAUGACUCAUCAGUAUUAACAUAUAGUCUUUUCCAAGAAGUAGAGCUGUGAGCUAUAUUCCUUUUAUAUAUAUAUAUAUAUAUAUGUGUGUAUAUAUAUAUAUAUAUAUAUAUAUAUAUAAUAUAUAUAUAUAUAUAUAUAUAUAUAUAUAUAUAUAUAUUGACAGUACUCAGGAUUAAAGCAUCUCUUUAUUACUUAUUAUUGGAUGUUGUUGUAGAAUGGAUGCCUGGCUCACUACUAUGCAAAGAAGUAAUGAAAUGCAUCGAUAAGCUCUUGUGGUGUUUCCUAAACACUGUGACUGCGUUUGAUCGGUGUGAAGAAAAACAUAUAUAUGAAGGAUGAUUUUUUUUUCUGCAUAAUUCCAUCAAAAAACUAAAAUUCUGACAUGUAUACAGUUUGUAAAAAAACAAAUAUAUUAAAGCUGAUAACAGUG